GCCUCCCCUCCCGCCCGGGCGUCGCCGAGCCGAGUCGUCGGGCGGGCACCGGCACCAUGAGCGCCGAGUGCAGCAGUUACCUCAACGCCGACAAGGUGCUGGUGAGCGGGUUCAGCUGCCCGCGGGCGGGCGGCGACGCCCGCGCCGUGUUCUGCUGCGGCUUCCAGGACGUCAAGUACUGCUGCGAUGACCCCCACAGCUUCUUCCCCUACGAGCACAGCUACAUGUGGUGGCUCAGUGUUGGAGCACUCGUGGGCCUGUCCAUAGCAGCAGUGGUCCUCUUCGCUUUUAUCAUCACUGUGUGUGUUCUCUGUUAUUUGUUUAUCAGCACCAAGCCACGCAGCAAACUGGAUACUGGUUUAAGCUUGCAGAUGGCAGACAGUGAAACCAGAGGGAGUUCAGUAUGUUAAAAAACAGAGGCUCUGGAUGGAUUCUACCAAUACUGUAAAGAAAAUAGAUACAGAGCUGCAUCCUUCACAAGGCCCCACCAGAACAAGCUGCUGACAAAGCCAAGAGGCUUCAAGAGAUUUCCUAAGCCGCAAGGAUGGACUGUGACUGAGAACCUGACUCACUCUUCCAGAGGUGUUUCCUGGCUAUUACAGCCACUGUGGAUAACCAGAGGCCAAUCUGAAGCUGUGCCUGCAUAUGUUUGUGUAUGGUUCUGUACUGAGAAAUAGUAUGUUUUGAUUUGCACAUUCCAGCUACUGCUGUCAGUCAUUGUCAUGCAAGUUGUUGUCUUUACCCUGUGCAAUCCCAGUGAGAUGACACAGUUGUCAAGCAGAGCAGAAUUUGGCACACCAUGUUGACCAAGCUUUAUUUGAAGCCUUCCCCUGUGUGCCAUCUUAAUGUGGUGUCUUCAUGUCAUGAACACGGUUGUCUUUAGUCCAGUGUGACUGUUGGGUGCACAGACCAAUGUGAAAGCAGUACCUCAAUAAAAUCUGGCACUUGUGUUGUAUUUUUAUUAA